GGAUCGAACCCACGACUUCCUGUAUACCAGCUGUCGCUUGGUCUGAUGGAGCAAAGGCAGUCAGCACAGCUCGGUACGGCAAGGCAACAAUGCGACCAGCGUGGAUACAGCAUGGAGCGGACUGGAAAUUUGACACAGCACCAGAGAGCACACACAGGAGAGAAACCCUUCAAGUGCAGUGUGUGUGGGAAGGCAUUUUCACAGUCAUAUAAUCUUAAACAACACCAGAGAACACACACAGGAGAGAAACCUUUCAAGUGCAGUGUGUGUGGGAAGGCAUUUUUACGGCCAUCUGCUCUUAAAAGACACCAGAGAACACACAUGGGAGAGAAACCCUUCAAGUGCAGUGUGUGUGGAAAGGUGUUUUCUGUUUUAUGUCAUCUCGUAAUACACCAGAGAACACACACGGGAGAGAAACCCUUCAAGUGCAGUGUGUGUGGGAAGGCAUUUGCACAGUCAUCUGCUCUUGUAAUACACCAGAGAACACACACGGGAGAGAAACCCUUCAAGUGCAGUGUGUGUGGGAAGGCAUUUGCACAGUCAUCUGCUCUUGUAAUACACCAGAGAACUCACACGGGAGAGAAACCCUUCAAGUGCAGUGUGUGUGGGAAGGCGUUUGCACAGUCACCAAAUCUUAGAGUACACCAGAGAACACACAUGUGAGAGAAACCCUUCAGGUGCAACCUGCAGGAAGGCGUUUGCACGGUCAUCAAAUCUUCAAGUACACCAGAGAAGACACAAGCAUCAAAAGAUCUGCAAAGAGUGGAGUCUGAAAUCAGCUUGUGAAAGUCAAAGUGCUGCAAUGAGCCCAUCCCUCAUCAAACAAGAACCGGAAAAAUAUCCCAGCUUGGACACUUAAAGGUAUCGAGGUGGAAUUUGAAGAGGUGAAGUUGGAAUGUGAAGAAGUGAUGGUGAAGAGCGAAGAAGUGAAGGUAAAAUGUGAAGAUGAAGAUUCAACUUUAAAAUGGGACUUUCACAUCGAUGGAGGCAACGUGAAGCAGGAGGAGAUCUGACUGAGGCAGAGCGAGGCAACUCCCAGCAGUUUGUGGAAGUGGAGGUGUGGGUGGACUUCCUCUGAGACAACACAAAGUGAAAUGGAGACCCGGUAUAUGUGUAAGCCAGAGACGAUGUCGCUCCAAUAGAUGCACCCUUGUCACAGGCCUUUAAUGAAAAGAAUGCGAAGUUGAACACUCAGUUCCUAGGUUCCACCUGCAGGGUAAGAGCAGCCAGUCUUUGUGGACCUGUGUUUUGGGUAGAUCUCUAACCAGGAGCGAGAGCCAAUAAGCUCCCAAGCAUUCACUAUGUUCUCAUCAUAAUUGCAUUUACAUGGCGCUUGCUUAAUCGCCUCUGGUAACUCUGAGUUUUGCAUCGUAUCUGGUCUCAAACACUCGAAACAUCCCCAAGUGGCAGCUGCCCCUGUGUGGCACAAGGUGGUGGCCCUGCAGCGGCCUGCGUGUGGACAAGAGCCUGUCAGUAGGGGGCAAUGGUUGAUGUGGCGUCUCAGUUGUGGAGUUUGUAGCUAAUGUUUGGAAUUUGCUACAUUUUAACUCGGAUGCCAGCAUGCAAUGGCCGACUCGUUUUGAAUGGUGCAUUAGUACAGAUACUGUUAAGCAGACGGUGCAUAUUUUUUUAAUUAGCUUCUUGUUAAUAGGAUGUAAACUAAUAAAGCAUAUUUCAGUGCAGUCAUUCAAUUUUGUUCAUAUGCCUGUCACGAAUUUAGACUGAAUACUUGUCUGAUGGUGCGCGUACAUGUAACCUUUUGUCUUUAAGGGUCAAACAUUGAAUAAGUGAUGUUAGGACACAGUGUGUGUUUUGCAAGUAACCUGUACAGAUAACUCAGGUGAGACUCAUUGUUCUUGUGAUACAGGUCAAAGGGUAUUUUUGUGUUUUCAGGAAGCGUCUCCCUCUGGAGCAGCAACUCAUUGUCUUUGAAAUAGCGAGCACGCUCGGAUCAUUGAUCAGUUACAAGGCAUACCAAUUAAAAGUUACACGAAAAGGAGGAACAUUCUCUACAACACGAAUUAUAAUUUUGUAUUACGUGUUGACAAAGAUUUUGUCGAAUUAGGAUAAGAAAUGGUCCUUGCUGAUUGGAAAGUCACGAAAAGAAUUGCACACGAGCGACGCAUCCACGCAAGCUCCCGAUGCU